AUGACGGGAUUGUCGCCAGACUACGAUUACUUGUUCAAGCUCUUACUGAUUGGUGACUCGGGUGUCGGUAAGUCGUGCUUGCUGCUUCGUUUCGCCGACGAUACCUACACGGAGUCGUAUAUCUCGACGAUCGGUGUGGAUUUCAAGAUCCGUACCAUUGAGCUUGAGGGCAAGACUGUGAAGCUGCAGAUCUGGGAUACCGCCGGUCAGGAGCGCUUCCGCACCAUCACCUCGUCGUACUACCGCGGCGCUCACGGCAUUAUUGUCGUGUACGAUGUCACGGACGAGGCGACGUUCAACAACGUCAAGCAGUGGCUCCAGGAGAUUGAGCGUUACGCCUGCGAGGGUGUGAACAAGCUCUUGGUCGGCAACAAGGCCGAUCUGACCAGCAGCAAGGUGGUUGACUUUGAGACGGCGAAGAAGUUUGCUGACGAGCUCGGCAUUCCCUUCCUUGAGACGAGUGCGAAGGAUGCGACGAACGUCGAGCAGGCGUUCUUGACGAUGGCCAAGCAGAUCAAGGACAAGAUGGGCACGUCGGCGAUGCAGGGCAACGCUGCGAACGGUGCCGGAAAGUCCUCGCUUAAGGUCGGCCAGGGCCAGAGCGUCCAAGCACCAGGCCAGGGUGGCUGCUGCUAG